UUGCGCCUUGGAGCGUACUCGGAAGAUGUCAGAGGGGGUUACGGUCCACUUUCUAUGUAGUGGGCUGAAGGGAAUCAUUCGUUAGGCCACUUUCAGCGGCGGUCUACGUCACCGUUUCAAAGGUUUCAACCUUCAGCCUCUACAUCUUGUGCCAUGUGGACAGCGCUCAGCAUCUUCGGCCCUGCUCGACUCCCCAACUCCGACCUACAGUAGUUUACACGACAUAUACAGAACGGCACCGGCACCACAUAGGCUAACGCUUGAGCAGUUCGCUAAUAUAGCGUCGCAAAGCGCAUUCAUCCAGACGCGCUGGUUUGGUUUGGACACCCAUAACAGGGACCAGGCUUCGAUAAACACCUCCGGCUCAGUAAAUCUGGAGCCCGAGCACAGCUCACGCGAUCACAACCACCCCGUGCGGAACCUCACUCAACAUGGUUGCACCCCUGAGCCUCGCCCUAGCGGCCGUGCAAUCCCUUGCGGCCGUCGCGUUCCUCGUCCUCGCAGGAUGGGUCUACUCGCGCUCGGGACACUUUCCUCUAUCCAUGCAACGCGACCUCGCACGUUUGGUUGUUCAGCUGCUUGCGCCGUGUCUGUUGUUUGUGUCGAUUGCACAUACGAUUAGUUUGGAGGAGUUUAUUCUUUGGUGGCCGAUACCGGCUCUGUUUAUCGCAAAUACGUCGAUCGGAGCCGGGCUGUCGUUUGUUAUCAGCAAAUAUUUGGGGAUACCGAGAGGGCGGAUGCGAUUCAUCAUGUCGGCUGUGAUGAUGUCGAAUACAAACAGCUUGCCGGUCGGCAUCAUGCAUUCCCUCGCACGAGAUCCAGGGUCACGGUCCGUUCUGGAUCCCCAUUCAAAGCACUCCUCGGAACAUGUCGCCCGGCGCGGCAUUGCAUUCGUGUUGUUUUACAGUCUCUUCAGCAAUAUCUUAAGAUGGACUGUCUGCUAUCAGCUGCUCGCCAAAAGCCCGCAGGAUGCUGCCACUCCGGUGCUUACUGCCAACGACAGCCGGGAUACACCGUCCAUCGUGGAAACGGCAAGCGAAGACACGGCCGUGGACCAGGAAACCCUGUUCCCUGGCGACGCGAUUGUAGCCGGUGUACCCGACAGUGAUAGAAACACCUUUGCAGCGAGAUGUCGCCGGCGUUCUCAAGUCUUCACCUCCUCAGAAGACCUGCAGGACUUCUUCAAGCAACGAACACCCAUUGGACCGGACUCGGACGAACGGAGCCCGUUGCUCCCUCCGCCUGUCUCCAGCGGUGACUUCGUAAACAGCAUCUCCCCACCCAGCCCGCGCGAAAUCCAAGACAACAUCUCCAAAACCCGCUGGGCAAACUUCAAAGAAACCAUAAAGGACAUCAUGAACCCGCCCCUCUACGCCGCCCUCUUCGCCAUCGUCGUCGGAAUCAUCCCACCCCUCAAAGCCCUCUUCUUCGGCCCCGACACGACUAUCGACGCGCCACUAGAGGAAAUGAUCACCGACCCGCUGUAUUCGCUCGGCGAGGCGUCCGUACCCAUCAUUAUACUGACCCUGGGAGGGCAGUUGGGGAGCAUGCAGGCGGUUGCGGAGGGGCCGAGCGAGGAAGGAGUUGUGAAGGAUGCGGUGGUUGUGAUGGUGAUUCGGAUGAUGCUUAUGCCGUUGGCGGUGGGGGGUUUUCUGUGGACGGCGGGUGAUUUCAUUCCGUUGGGGCAUGAUCGGACGUUUUUGAUAGCAAUGAUGCUCCUCAGCGCCUGCCCCACAGCCCUCAACAUCAUGAAUAUGUCGCAGGCGCAACGAAACCACGAGAACCGCACGGCGCGGCUGCUGUCCUACAGCUAUUUAGUGUGCAUACCGGUACUGACUGCUUGGGUUGUUUUGUUUUUGUUGAUGGUGGAGAGGUUGUAGACGCGGGUGUUUACAGGGCAGAACUAUCGUUUUUGGAUAGGGAGGUGGGGAUAGGAUUUUGUAGGAAGGCAGGGGUGUGAAGCGGAGCACUCGUUUAAAGGCACUGUAUUUGGCACAUGAAUGGAGUUCACAGUGGGCUUGACAGGAAGACUCUUUAUCGGUAAUCUGAAGAAGGCAGAGAGCAAUGCGAUAGGACCGGACAGCCAACACUUGUAAAUUUUGUGGCGGGACGCCAUGUAGUGAGAGCCAUCAUUAGCCAGAUUCUAUAACGCG